AUGAAGUUCGCCGUUUUAUUGUUGCUCGUCUUCGUGGGCCUUGUCGCUGCUUGGACUAAAGAAGACUUUGAGAUAUUUCGUCUUCGAGAUGAGUUGGCCCUAUUGGAAGGUGCCAAUGUCACUUUCUACAACUUCCUCGGUGUUCGCUCCAAUGCCAAUCAGGACCAAAUCGUGAAAGCCCAUCGACAGAAGUCGCGCACUCUCCACCCGGACAAGGUUGAACGGGCAUUUGUCGCCAAUUUUGCCAAGGAUAAGAGCAAUUCUAAGUCUAAUCAACCGGGCGUCCAUGUCUCCUCUGGUCCGUCCAGAAAACAGAUCAACGCCGCGAUUAAGGAGGCCACCGACCGCUACGCACUCCUGACCUCGAUUGUCAAUGUCCUUAAGAGUUCUGGCCGUGAACGCUACAACCACUUCUUGAAGAAUGGAUUCCCCAAGUGGAAGGGCACUGGAUACUACUACUCUCGUUUCCGUCCCGGUCUGGGCACAGUGCUCCUGGGUCUGUUCGUCGUUUUCGGCGGUGGUGCCCACUACGGUGCUUUGAUCCUGAGCUGGAGACGUCAGCGCGAGUUUGUGGACCGAUACAUUCGUCAGGCUCGUCGGGCUGCUUGGGGCAAUGAGAGAGGUCCUCGGGGAAUUCCAGGCAUCGACACCCCUCCUGUCCCCGCCCCUGCCCCGGAAGCUGAUGAUGCGGGAGCAAUGGCUAUGAACCGUCGUCAGAAGCGUAUGAUGGACAAGGAAAACCGGAAGCCAAAGAAGGGCGGUCGGGCUGCUGGUCGUGCAUCAGGUACUUCCACUCCCGUUGGUACUUCCACUCCCGAGCCUAUGUCCACUGGCGAGAGGAAACGUGUCCAGGCUGAAAAUGGCAAGGUCAUGAUUGUUGACUCGGUCGGUAAUGUCUUCUUGGAGGAGGAUGAUGAUAAUGGCGUGCGUCAAGAGUUCUUGCUCGAUGUUGAUCAGAUUCACCGUCCCACCAUCCGUGACACAGCCCUGUGCAGGUUCCCUAUUUGGUGCUUUAACACUACGGCUGGUCGUAUCCUCGGCACUUCUGAAGAGGAAUUCCUGGAUGAAUUAGACGAAGCAGAGGAGACUGAAGAACUUGCCGAGGAAAUCGCCGAGACUACCGAGACUUCGAAGCGAAGCUCAACCCGAAGACGCCAGAAGCGCUCCCAGCGAUCAUAA